AACACUUUAUACUGUGUGUGUGUUUGUGUGUUUGUGUGUGUCCUUGUCAGGGUGAAGGGAAAGCUGCAGCUCGACUCAAACCGCCACAGACAUGAAUCACCUGCUGAAAGUGCCCAUUCUGGCCAGCCGUGCCUUCAGCACCUCUGCCAGACAGCUGAGGAACAGAGUCCCAGAGGCCCAGAAACUCUUCCAGGCAGACAACGGGUUGCCAGUCCACAUCAAGGGAGGAACCACUGAUGUCAUGCUGUACCGGGUAACCAUGACAAUAACUUUAGGAGGAACGUGCUACUCUCUGUACUGGCUGCUCUAUGCGUCAAUGCCUCACAAGAAAGAGUAAAGACGCAAUGACACCGGGCUCGGUCUAUUGCAUGGAGCGGGACGCCCGGCUCCAUCUAACACUAAUGUUUGUUGUGUACAGUUCUCUUAGAUUUCAUCACAGUCCGUCCUUCUUUCAUCACGACUCAACUGAAUAUGUAAAAACUGUUAAAAGACUUUAAAUCAA